AUGUUUUCAAAGGGUUUAUUAACAAAAGUUUUAGGGAAGAAUUUAUUUAAAUAAUGCGGUCUUCAUAAUACUUUAAAGUAUGGAUUUGCUUUCCCAACUUAACCUUCAGACUACGCUAAUUUGAAGAAGCUGUCAUAACUUAUGAAUGCUAAAUAAUUAGAUAUUAAUGAGGAAAUCGAUUAUGAUGGUUAAGUUAGAUUAAUUAAUUCCAAUAACAAGCAAUUAGGUGUCAUGCCCUUCGAAGAAGCUUUCAAUAAAGCCAAAGAUAUGAAUUUAGAUAUAGUUCUCGUUAAUAGCCAAUCUAACCCAGUUAUUUGCAAAACAGUUAACUAUAAAGAAGAAAUUUACUCCAAAUUUGCUAAAGAAAUUAUUUCUUAAGAAGCUGAAUCACGUAAGGUUGAUAGCAAAAAGCCUAAAAAGUAGAUCUAGAUAUCUAUUAACAUUUCAAAUGCAGAUAUUAGAACAAAGGCAUAAAUCUGUAGGGAUAUUUCUAAAAAGAAUCCAUAGAUUAAAGUCUUCAUAUAAACAAAUGAUGCCUAAGAAGAGUAAGCCAAAAAUAUUCUUUACACCUUUAAGGAUUUAGUAAAAGAAGACUUAGUUAGUGAACAUGACUUGAUGGUUAGAAGUUUAUUAAAAGACGAAUUAGAUUCUGAAGAUUUAUUUAACGAUAAGAAGGCUACUAAGCAAGUUGAAUUGCACUUAUAAACUAUUGAAUUCAAUCAAACUUAAUCAACAUACUCUACUGAAUUAAUUAAAAAGCUUGUUGAUUAAUAUCUUAGAGAACUCAACAAUCCUAAGAAAGAUGAUGCAGUCAUUGAAGAACUCAAGACAUCAAGUAAAACUCUUAAGCAACUCGAAAGAUUUGAAAGCAACAGCAAAUUGUUGGUUAGUGAAUAGUCUCUUGAAGAAUAAAUUAAUGAAUUCGCUAAGGAUAUUAAGGAUGAAGAAGAAGAUGAAAAUAUGGAUAAAUAUCUUUCUGCCUUAGAAGAAAUUUCAAAAAGAUAGAAGAGAUCAAUUCAUGAUAUUUAGGAUGAAAUCGAUAAUUUAAGAUUUAGACUUUAGACAUCAAAAGAAUAGGCUUUGGUUCUAAGUUUGUUAGAAAGAGAAGAAAAGCGUCUUCGUGACUACAAGAGAACUUUAAAGCUAGCAAAAGCUGUUAGAAAUUGA